GUGUGUAGUCCCAAAUGAAAUGUUUGAAUCGCUAAGCGUCUAGACUUAUCAGUAGUGGGGGUCACAACGAGACUUUACAAAAUGGCGUCUAAAUACACCUGCAUGAUUUGCGUCGCCAUUUUCUUUGCAGUUAUUGGUUUCGCUGCCUCAGAGACAUGUUAUUCCUCCAAGAGUUAUUAUAAUUUCAACUAUGGCACAACAACUUACCAAAGUGACUCCAAAUACUGCUACACCGGAUGUUGCUCCACGUAUGGACUCGCCGCUUCCUGCUGCUCCAGUAACAUAUAUUACAACUACUAUACCGUGGUCUACUAUACCACAUACCUCUCGACUGCGGCCAUUAUUGGAAUAGUGGUUGGAUGUCUCGCGGGCCUUGGCAUAUUCAUAGCCAUCAUCAUAUGUUGCUGUUGCGCAAUCUGCCGUAAUCGAGGAUCCCCACAAGGUGGACAAGUGUUAGCCCCCAUGGGUGGUGUAGGGGCCACAGUCAUCGCAACACAAAACACGACAACACAGCAAGCUUAUCCCCAGGCACAGCCUAGCCCCGCCAUGGGCCAGCCAUACCCAGGCUACAAUCCUGCUUUUACACCGGACUCUGCACCAACUGCUGCACCGGGGUCUGCGCCAUAUGCCCCCACGGCGGCGCCUCCUCCAUAUAGCAACAAAUAUUGAUCUACACGAACAAUUGUUCAUUUGUAAUUAGAAGUUUCGUAGAAUUGCAGAAUAUAUCAAAUCUGAUCAUUUACGCGUUUUUACGCAGAUGGGAUGAAGAAUAUUUGUGUGUUUUUUUCUAUGACAUAAUUCACAUGAUUACGAUAUGUAAAUUUGUCACGUCACGGUUAUUGGCUAUACACUAAUCGAUGACGUCAUAGAAAUAAACAAUAUAGUUAAGACCUUAUAUCUCAUUUUAUACGUUGUUUCCUUACUUUGUUGUAUAUAACAAUAACAAAAACACGUGAUACAAAAGUAUUUCAAUUCAAUUGAGCAAAGUAAUUGUAUAUAUAUAUUGGGAACCUGUUUUCAAUUUCAACCCGAACGUUUUAAAAAUAAUGUACAUAGAAUUAAUCGAAGCAAAUGUAAAAACAAAACAAACAAAAAACAAAAAAAUCAUGUUUUAUCUUUAAAUGCAAGUAUUUCAUUUCCGUCAAAGAGUACUUAUGAUUGAUUGAAAAAGAAACUGUUGUAUAUUUCCAACGCUAUACCAACAGAUAUAAACCUCACGCUAUUACCAUCCAAAAGUUUGAACUUUUCUUUUUUAUUUUCUUGCUUUAAAGUAAAUAAGAGUCAAUUUCAUUCUGUGUUCCGACUCUGUAUUUUGGUGUCAUACUUUCGGUUUUAAAAGCGAUCAUUUUUAGGACGGUAUUGUUUUCAUUUAUUGGUGUUAACUAGAUACACUUGUACACCCUGGCUGUCAUUUUAUGUAUUUUAUAUAUAUUCUCUGUUGUUGCCGUGGCAUCUUCAAAUUGUGUCCUAAAAUAACAAUAUGGUUAUAAUCCGUUAAACGGACGAUCAUACUCCAGAUAGAAAUAAUGUAAAUAACAUCAAUCUGUGCUCGUCUUCUAAUGAAAAAGUAAGAUAUUUUUUUAUUGAACAUAUCAUGGAAAUAUAUCUAUACAGCAGUAUCGAGCAGUCUAGCAUUAGAAUGGCAAUCUUACAUGAGGAUUUUGGCGUCUAAUUGGGGUUUUUUUUUCUUUCUUUUUUCGUCGUGGUUAACUUGGUAAAACGAACUUCAAUAAUCGCUGUGUGGUAUUAAACACUAUAUUUAUAUUUUUUUGAUAUUUUGUACGAUAUUUUGUCUUUGACAAAUAGGGACUUGUGCAAGUCUACCACGGAACUUACCGAAAUGUACGUCAUCACUCUUCGUCUACAUAUGGUUAAUACUUUCAGGAUUUCUUUCGUGAACAAACUUAAUAGCGAAUUAAAACAAAUAUUAGUUUUAAAGGAAUUUAUUUCAUAUAAAUAUGAUCACUUUUGAAAAGGAAUUAAAAAAAUAUAGUCCAAGCUCGACAAAUGUAUUCCUACGCCGGACUUGAUAUAGUUCAUUGAAAAAUGACUCGAGUUAACUGUGGUAGGUUCAUUGAGUCUGAAUUGAGUGGAAAUAUAAAUAUUUUCUGUUGUACGUACCGACUUGUAUUCUUAUUGAUUUUCAUUUUCAUUUCUCUUACUAUGUAAACUCUUUCUUACUGGUGUUAAUGAACCGGAGAAAAAAACGUUCGAUCAAAAUGAUAAGCGCAUUGUAUAACAUAAGUGGACAGUCACCAUGACUACCUUACUUAAUGAUUAUGAAAUGUCCUCCUUGAUUAUGUGUGUUUGUCUUUGUUUGAAAUUUAAAAGCGCUUUGUAAAUAUCAAAUUUUGAUCUUUAUUAUCAUAUAUACCAAUAAUGUACUAAUGUUAUCAAUUCAAUAAAUAUCAUCUAUUUGACACGCA